AUUGUGUGUGUGCAACGAUGUUACCCAAUAUCUUGGUUGCACAGUUGGUUUUCUGUAAUGGCUGUGUGGUUUCGGGGCAGUCAGACAGGCUUAUCAAUGUGUUUGCAACUGUGAGUGCAUAGUGUUGCACGCACAAGCCAUACUCAAGAUUAUUCAGAAUUUACUAAUUGAGCUCUAGUUGUUCAUAAUUAGCCUCAAUACAAGAGUGCUUUGUAUACAUAAUGGAAAGAAACUAAAAAAUGUUUAUUCUGUUUGACAGGUGUCAAACAUGUCUGUUGAUUGGGUAGGAUAUGGGUACGCAGCCCUGGUCGCCUCCGGGGGGGUAAUGGGCUACGUCAAAGCAGGCAGCGUGCCCUCCCUGGCCGCUGGUCUAGUCUUCGGUGGGCUUGCCGGCCUCGGUGCUUAUCAGGUGUCCAAGGACCCUACUGACAUCUGGAUCUCCCUCGCUACGUCUGGAGCGCUGACAGGCGUCAUGGGAAAGAGGUUCUACGGGUCGAGGAAGUUCAUGCCCGCUGGUCUGGUCGCUGGAGCAAGUCUUCUGAUGAUGGGGAAGCUUAGCAUGGCGUUGCUUCAGAAACCCCAGGACUCCUAAAAUGAUUUCUACUGCUAUGGAAAGUUUUCACUGGAAAUCCACUCUGCAAUAUCUUCAGGACCAGCCUGUCAACACUCGCUAAUAUUGUUUAAAUGCUUUGCAUGUGUUUUGUAAAAAAAAAUGUUAAGUUGAUGAAUAAACAAAUCGUGUUUA